AUGCUGCUGGUGCUUCUGAUGCUCUUGUGGCUGCCAAGGGGGGGCAUCCUAUCAUUGGCCCAGGAGUACCUCCCGAACAUCCUAGGACCCUGAGAUGUGCACUCCAGUCAGAGUGUCUCCAGAUUCUAUGAAGACUUGCUGACCAGGCUUCAAGCAAACCAGACCUGGGAAGACUGGAACCCCGACUUCAUCCCUGCUGCUCAAGUCCAGAUACCCCAAAGCAUGAUGAGAGUUGGACCAAGCGGUCACCUGCACCUGGGCAUCCCCCGGGCCACUAAGGGCUUCCACGCAGCCUCCCGCCUGCAUCGGGCCCUGCUCAGGCUGUCCCCAACGGAGUUGGGCUCGUGAAAUAUGACGGGGCCGCUGCAGCGUCUGAUCGGCUUCGGUGUCUCCCGGGAGCCCGCACUGAGCCUGCACCUGCAGCUGCCACCUGAUCGGUUACUGGCAGCAUCGACUUCUACACAGAUCCAGCUGGAGCUGCACUGGCGGCCGCGCGGGCGGCAACGCCGCAGCACGCAUGCGUGCGCUCAGAACAGCUGCCGGCUCGGGGAGGGGCGCUGCUACCGCCUGCACAGACUGCGCGCACCGCUGGAUGACUUGGGCUGGAGCUACUGGGUAAUGGCACCGCGUGAGCGGGAUGUGCGCAUGUGCACUGGCGAGUGCUCGAGCCAGUUCCGGUUGGCUAACAGGCAUGCACACUUGCUGACGCAUCUGCACCGCCGGAAGCGUGAGGGUGCUCCCGUGCCUUGCUGCGUGCCCGCUAGCAGUGAGCCGGUGGUACUCUUUCACCGCGACAGCGAGGGCUGCAUGUCCCUCACGCCCUUCGACGACCUUGUGGCCAACGACUGCCACUGCUUAUGAGUGGACCUAGGCCUUCACUGAAGGCACGUGCGCACUGGAGGUGACCUCAGUCCUUGCCUGUCGAAUGGAAUGGGCAAGUGGGACCAGAAAUAUCCUGUUAUAACCACUGCUGUGUGCGACCUUCCGCCCAAACCGCUGUAUUUAUAAGGUGGUAUUUAUUAUUAACUUAUUGGGGUUACCAGCUAGAGGACCAGAGGGAUGGGGAGGGAUGGUCCAGCAGGCUGUACAUUUAUUUAAACUCUGUUAAUAAAAAUGAAUCUGUCUGACCUGACUCCUGUGAUGCCCAAAUGGAGCUGGGGACCUUGGGAAGAGCCCGCUCCUCCCUGGCCUCAGUUCCCACAAGGGGCCUAAUAUAAGGAUGAGUGGAAGGGUUCAGUGAAUGGGCAGCAGGGCUUGGAGCUGACAGGCAACUGGAUGGUGUUUAUAAAGGACUCAAGUGCAGCCUGGGACACCCCUCUCUG